AAUCAAAAUGGCUGCCGAAUAAUCAAAAGAUCAGGAAGGUGACAAACACGAAGUCAGCUUACCUUGCAUACCAAAGAUAAUCAUUAUUUCAAUUUUAUUUGGAAAACUAUCUAAUCCACAAUGUAUAAGUUAGACUUACCGAUAGACACGAAGGAGUCGGCAGCUAUCGAGAGAAGAAGAAUACGAGAACAGCACAGGCAGAGUAGGGUAUUUAAUGCACGUGUGAGGACAAUAGGGAUUGAUGUUCAGGCUCUAGAAACACAAGUUGCUGAAAGAAAAUGGAUGAAAGAACAGGAAAGAAGAAGAUCAGAGGCAUUCGCUGCAGAUAUGGCAAGAAAUGAUAAAAUCUGUACGUUGCUUCAAAACCGCCAAGAAAAUGAUCUACGCAACCUUAAUAAGUCUAUAAAUGCAUUUCGUCAAAAGUUUCAACGUCCAGAAGAUAGACGCGAAUUUGACAUAUACGAUCCGGAUGGUAAAAAGAAGGAUAAACCUGCCCGGAUUUCUGAUGAUGAUCCGAGAUGUGGUAUCUCCAGUAUGCAAAAGUUUUUAGGUGAAGAUUUAAAUGAAACGGCGAGAAAGAAGUUACAGCAAGAGCAACACCGAGAAUGGAUGAAGCAACAAAUGAACGAAAAAGCGCAAGAAGAAGCAAACUUAAAACAAGCCCAAUGGUUAUAUGAUUUGAAAGCAAUUGAAUCAGAUCAACGCGCCAUAGAAUUAGCACGUGCCGAACAAGAAUGUCGAACCGCUAUUAACAUGGCUAUGAAGGAUUACAACUUAGCCUUAGAUCGAGAACGAAAGACCAAGGAAGAACUUGACAAGCAAAAAGAACUGGAGGAUAAUUUAACUGAAAUCUCGAAUCAUGUUAACGGUGACAUGUUGACUGAAAACCCUUCAGUUGCUCAAAGUGCAUUCGGAUCACAUCGAGUUAUACCUGAUCGAUGGAAAGGCAUGAGCCCAGCAGAAGUGAAUAAUAUCCAAAAUAUCCAAAAUCAACAAGUUGAAGAGAACAAGCGAUUGAAGGAGGAAGAGGCGCAAAGGGAGGCCGAGUGGAAUAAGCAAAUGCUAGAUAAUGCAAGAGCUGCUCUAAUGCUCGAAAGAAAACAAGAACGAUUGCGAAAAGAACUCAUGAAAAAACAAGCCGAUGAAAAUUUAAGACUUGCCAAUGAGCAAAACACUAGGUUGGAAAAUCUAAAUAAAGAAGUCUACACCAACGAUCCUACAGCUGCGUAUUUCAUGCAGUUUAAUACAAACAGCCGAUGAAGUUCUCAUGAUAUUUUUUCUAAUUUAUGUAUAUAUAGAGAUCCUAAAUUUACAUUAAUAUAUAUAUCUUUUUUACCAAAA